AUGCACUCAACUUCUUCGAAACACCUGUCCAUCCUUCACCCACCAGAACCGACGCCCUGCUUCGGCCCCCAUGGAAAUUGGCUUCUGAGGAACAUUCUGCAAAGAGGCAGGAAACGAGCUGCUGCUAGACUUCGUUGGGGCAUCGGGGUUCAUGAAAAUUUUGCUGCUGAUGAUCAGGCAUUGCUCCAGAAUGGUUCAGAUAUUGUGAAUCAAGAAUUGGAAAACAACACUUGUAAUUCUGGAGAACACGAAGAUUUAGAAGAUCAGGGUGGAGUUCAUUCAGGAGAUGAUAAUGUGGAUGACCCUGACUAUCUGCCUUCUGAUGACCAAAGCCAAGAUGAUAUCAUUGUGGAUACCAGACUAUCAACCAAAACGUCUCUGGCGCUAUAUGAUCGUGACAGAACUGGUAAAACACCACUUCACUACUGUUGUACCAGCGAUAACAUUUAUGCAGCUCAGGGAGCUGAUAUCAUCGCGAUGGCUGCUCCCGAUUUGAUAGACAGUAAAGACGAUGACGGAUUCACGCCCCUACAUCUAGCGGUCAUCGCAGGAAACAUGCAGCUCGUCACGUUUCUUCUGGCUAACAACGCCGAUGUCAAUGCUGUGGAUAAUGAGAAACACACUGUCGUGCAUUGGGCUACAGGUAAAUGA